UGCGGAGCUGAGACAGGUGUUGCUGCUUUUUGCGCAUUGUCCGUGAGGUCGUGUGUGCACGAUGGAAGCCGCGAGAUCACGCACGCCUCCUCUCCCGUGUGCUCUGAAGUCUUGUUUUUGGAAGUACGGAAUUUAAUCCACGCCGGAGACCGACGAAACGUCGCAAUGGUGCAUCACUCGGGCUCCAUUCAGUCCUUCAAGCAGCAGAAAGGCAUGCACACCAGCAUCAGCGAGAUCCUGAAGGAGAAAAGCCUGAAGCCAUCUCGCCGCAGCCUGCCCUGCCUUGCCCAGAGUCAGACGCAGCCUAUUAACCUCAACCACUUCCUGUCCGUGCCUCUGAGACAGGAACCAAAACCGGACACUGAGGACCUGAGUCAGAGCAUCAGCACCUCCUGCAGCCUCCUCCCUCCACACACAGUUGAAGAUGAUAAGGAUCACUACGUGGAGGAGUCUGAAGUGAGCGUGUGUGAAACGAGAACAGAUGAGCCAUUCCUGCAACAGAAGUCUGUUACUCGAGCGACAUUAGAGGCCCGUUCACAUUCACUGCAGGGAAAGAAUAUACCUGAUUCAUCUGGACUCUAUUUCCGAGAUGGGAAGAAGCGUAUUGACUACAUCCUGGUUUAUAAGAAGUCCAGUCUGCAGGUAGAAAAGAGGUGCACGUUUGAGAAGAAUUUGCGUGCUGAGGGUCUGAUGCUGGAGAAGGAGCCCUCCUUGACCAACAACGACAUCAUGUUUGUGAAGGUCCACACUCCUUGGGAUGCGCUUUGCAAAUACGCAGAGCAGAUGAACAUCAGAAUGCCAUUUAGGAAAAAAUGCUACUUUACAGACUGGAAGAGCAAAACUUUGGGCAGGUUUCAUCUGAGAUACUGUCAGAUAAAAAGCUGGCUGCCCCGAAAUCCCAUGAAGCUGGACAAAGAGGCUUUGCCUGAUCUGGAGGAGACCGACUGCUACACAGCCCCAUUCAGCCGAGCACGCCUGCACCACUUCACCAUCAACAACAGAGAGACCUUCUUCUCAAAUUCCACCAGAAGCAGAAUCGUCCAUCAUGUCCUGCAGCGCACUAAGUACGAGGACGGCAAAUCCAAGAUGGGUAUUAACCGAUUAUUGGGUAACAACACAUAUGAGGCUGCUUUUCCCCCACAUGAGGGUGGUUACAAGAGCAGACAUCCCAUUAAAACGCACGGUGCCCAGAACCACAGACACCUCCUUUAUGAGCGCUGGGCCCGCUGGGGCAUCUGGUACAAAUAUCAGCCUCUGGACCUCAUCAGGCGAUACUUUGGGGAGAAAAUUGGUCUUUACUUUGCGUGGCUGGGAUGGUACACGGGUAUGUUGAUCCCUGCUGCCCUAGUUGGAGUUUUUGUCUUCCUCUAUGGUCUCUUCACAAUGGACUCAAGCCAAGUCAGUAAAGAGAUUUGUGAAGCCAACAGCACCAUCAUGUGUCCCAUGUGUGAAGAGAACUGUGAACCCUGGACACUGAGUGACAGUUGUGUUUAUGCGAAGGUGACCCAUCUUUUUGACAAUGGCGGCACUGUUUUCUUUGCGAUCUUCAUGGCUAUUUGGGCCACAGUAUUCCUGGAGUUCUGGAAAAGGAGGAGGGCAGAACUGACUUACGACUGGGAUCUUAUUGAUUGGGAGGAGGAGGAGGAGGAGCUGAGGCCUCAGUUUGAAGCCAAGUACUCCAGGGUGGAGAGAGUGAACCCCAUCUCUGGUAAACCUGAGCCCUUCCAGCCUUUCUCAGACAAACUCAGCAGGCUCAUGGUGUCUGUGUCUGGAAUCUUCUUCAUGAUUUCUCUUGUUCUGACAGCAGUGUUUGCUGUGGUGGUUUUUCGUCUAAUAGCCAUGGAGAAGUUUGCUUCCUUCAACUGGUAUUUUGUGAAGAAGAACUGGCAGUUUGCCACCUCUGGCACAGGCGUCUGCAUCAACUUUAUGAUCAUCAUGUCUCUCAAUGUGGUCUAUGAAAAGGUGUCCUACCUGCUGACAAAUUUAGAGCACCCACGAACAGAAUCUGAGUGGGAGAACAGCUUUGCUCUGAAGAUGUUUCUGUUCCAGUUUGUAAAUCUGAACAGUUCCACAUUCUACAUUGCCUUUUUUCUUGGAAGGUUCGCGGGCAGACCUGGAAAAUAUAAUAAACUCUUCAGUCGAUGGAGGCUAGAGGAGUGUCACCCGAGUGGCUGCUUGAUUGAUCUGUGCCUGCAAAUGGGAGUCAUCAUGUUCUUCAAACAAAUAUGGAACAACUUCAUGGAGCUGGGCUAUCCUUUGCUGCAUAACUGGUGGUCUCGUAGGAAGAUGAGGAAAGGAGGUGGCGGAGGGCAAAACGUCGAAAACAAAGCCCAGCUUCCACAGUGGGACAAAGACUGGAAUCUGCAGCCUAUGAAUGCCCACGGACUGGUGGAUGAAUACCUCGAAAUGGUUCUCCAAUUUGGCUUCACCACCAUCUUUGUGGCCGCAUUCCCGCUGGCUCCACUUCUGGCUCUGCUCAAUAACAUCAUUGAGAUUCGUCUUGACGCCUACAAGUUUGUCACUCAGUGGAGGAGGCCCAUGCCAGCACGGGCCACUGACAUAGGCAUCUGGCACGGAAUUCUCGAAGGUAUCGGUGUGCUGGCAGUCAUCACCAACGCCUUUGUCAUCGCCAUAACAUCAGACUACAUCCCCCGCUUUGUUUACGCCUUCAAAUACGGUCCCUGUGUGGACAAGGGGUACAGACACGAGAAGUGUUUGCGAGGAUACGUGAACAGCAGCCUAUCUGUGUUUGACAUGAGUGACCUGAAGAACAGCAGCCAGUCUGCUUACUGCAGGUACAGAGAUUACAGAGCACCGCCCUGGAGCGCAGUGCCGUAUGAAUUCACCCUGCAGUUCUGGCACGUCUUGGCUGCCCGGUUGGCUUUCAUCAUUGUCUUUGAGCACCUGGUUUUUGGAAUCAAGUCCUUCAUUGCAUACCUCAUUCCGGACAUGCCCAAGGAUCUCUGCGACCGUGUGAGGAGGGAAAAGUAUCUAAUGCAAGAGAUGAUGUACGAAGCCGAGCUGGAACACCUGCAGAAGGAGAGAAAGAAGAAUGGAAGGCGUUAUCACCACGAGUGGCCUUAGCUUUUUACCUCCGUGUCUCCACGUUACCACUCACAGCUGUCAACCCGCAAGCACAACCUCCCCACCUGCUUAUUUAUAUGUUCUAUCUUUAAGAGUGUAGCUUCACACCAAAGAUGCCCUCUUCAGUUAUUAGAUCAUAAACCCUCCAAGGAACAUCUCUGGCUUCAGUCCGAGUCCUAACCUGGGCUGCCGCCGUGACCAUCUGUUCCAUGUCCACUGCUGGCAUUCUUUGUUUCUGGCUAUACAUCAUUCCAUCAGUCCCACCUCGAUUUCUCACCUACCUUCAUAUUGCAGGUUGCCCUUGGAUCCGUGCUGUGGUGGUGGUGGUUGUGGUGGGGGGACUGCGCAAUUGCAGUGUUUACUAUGCAGAUGAAGAUGGUCACUUUGGCACCUGUCCUGCGUUCUCUCUGUGUGGCAGCUAGAGCUCCGCUUUGACUCUCCACUUUCCUGCAACUCCCAGCACAGUUGUAUUUUUCCUCCCAUGAGCAUCAGCAAAGCCGCUAUUACCCAGAAAUGCUAUCAGUUAAUGUGGCAAAGCCUCUGCAGCACUUAUCAUUUGCUGUUGCAAAAGUGAUUCAUAUGGCAACCAAGUACAGUGGAUAAUGUUCUUGCAAACUGACUAUAUAUUGCUCUUGAAGCAUGCUGACAAAAAAAAAAAAAAAUACUUAUUGUGGAUGAUGUGAACAUAGAUUCAAUAUAUUUGACAAAGAAUUCUCUAUGAAAUUACGGAACUUGCAUGGUACUAUUGUUUUGUAACUUUUUGAUAGACAGUCUCUGACUGGCUCUGCCUGGUCCGUGUGUGUUUGUACUGUGUGAGCUGUUUAUUUUUGUGCUACCGCUGAGCUUGACUGUGUAGAUCUGAGGAAAUGUGAACUCAGUGCAAAUUGAUUGUGCCUACAGUUGUGCACACCACAACGGUUUUAUCACCAACAUCACAUGUGCCUGUUUGUGCUGCACUUGCUUUUUAAAAGCAAGAAAUACUUUUCAUUCCUGCAUUCCGUUGUGCGAUGUGCAGUAAACCCUCUGAACCCUGCUGCAAGUAUUUGUUGGAUGUGAGUCACGCCGCAGUACCUACUCGGGGCUCAGCUAAUGCCUCUGAAAUACAUCGACAGUAUGCACUGUAAUGCGACUCCCAUUAUGAACAAUCUGUACAUGUGAAAGCCGGAACCGCAAAUCCGCUCUUCCGUUAUGUGCUGAGUCUGUUUUUCAUUUGCCGUUGGACGCCCUGAAGCUGUUGAAGAUUGGAUCACUCCGACAUACCUGUGGCUUAGAUGUUCAGUUUGUGAAGAAUAUCACCGCACACUAAACAGUCAAUACAUUACUGUUCUUUAUUAAGCACAAAGGUCUGACGACAUUUCACAAAUUAGAUUGUGUUAAUCAGACAGCUGGGAAAGUUGCCUGCAUUGUGGUUGGUUUCAGUGCAAUUCACUUUAUUAACAUAGCACCAAAUUACAACAUAGGUCGGCUCAAGGCGCUUCACAACGAUAAGGUCUAACCUUACCAACCCCCCCCAAAGCAAGCACAUCAGCAACGGUGGUAAGGAAAAACUCAGUUGGGUGUUUUUUUUUAUUGUAGGAACAAACACUGAUUUGAAUAUCCUGGAUUAAAACAGCCAGAUUUGGCCCAUGAGAACUCAGGAAAACAGAAGGUGAUGUCAGCUAUAGGUCAGUCUCACAUUAAUUUGAAUGCAAUCAGUUCAUGUUCCAGUCAUAAUGAAAUCACAGAGUGUAAAUGAAGGUGGAUGGUACGAGCACAGCCUGAGUGUCUCUAUCACCCCCUAGUAGCUGCUUGUAGAACAUGACACUAAACCUGCCUCCCCCUCACACCAAAUUUGAACCAAAUGUAUUAAGACAGAGACAG